CUAAUAUGUGUAGAUAUGGAUUGUUGCGACAUUAAGGCUCCUUUUGUAGCCGGUCAGCUGGAUCUCUGCCUGCAGAACCCUCAGGUCUACACCCCUGUUCUUGUGGGCUUCAACCCCACACAUCAGGCCAGGGACGAGCCGAUCCCGGGAUGCAGCUUCACUUUCCGCAGCGUGGUGCAAAGGAUGGAGGAGCUCGCUAAAAGUCAAAAGGCCUUCCUCAUCAACCCAGCAGUCGGGCCGGAGGCCAUCAGCGGCUCCUCCAGGAUGAAAGGAGGCAGCGCCACUAAGAUCCUGCUGGAGGUGGUGCUGUCUGCUGCUCACGCUGCAGCCUUCACACACACACCCAUCACUCAGCA